AUGAGGAUAGUCGAGCAUCAACUGGGAACGGCCCAAGGAUGGACAGCUACCCUGCCAGUGAUCGUCAUGACUCACAAUUUCUCUCCACCCCCUUUCGUACCUGCUACGUGCGAUCUAUCCCCUUACAUGCUAAUGUUUGGUCGCCCAGCGCCCGACAUUUUUACAGGAGGAAGAGAGGCGGGGAUGGACGCCGAGGCUACAGACGAUGACUCAAAUAACGGUGCGAUCAGCGGAGCGGACUAUGCGAAGCAGAUCAAUGAUAAGCUCAAGGAAGUUCAUGAGGCAUGGGAUCUGGCGCGCACGAUAGAAGUGUCGAAACGAGCGGAUCGUUUCCGCAUUGGUGCGGAACAAUACCAUUUCGGCGAGGGCGAUCGGGUCUUGCGAGUCACGGCACUUGAGAAACCCGGCGGGCAUAAGGCAGUGGUUACAGGCCCAUUUACCGUUGAACGCAAGACUGGCCGUAACUAUUACGAGGUAGAUGGUAUCGAUACUAAUGUUCCGGGGCACCAGCUGCGGCCCAUGAUUACGGAUCCAGAACUUCGUCGAGGUCUUCCUGAUGAUCAGCGUCCAAGAGUUAUACUCGGCGGCAGAAAUCUCGUCAAGAUCCCAUUUCAAGAACUGACGCCAGGCACGAUCAUUAUGUUCGAAGUUAGAUCCUCACCAACACAAUAUUAUUAUGAUCUGGCUAAAGUCAUAUCAAAUUACCCUCUUGACGGGAAAGCCAACACGAAGCUCAUGUAUGCUGGCCCAAAAAUGCGUUGGUACGACUCCGAUACGGUCAAGGACAUUGCAUAUGAUGAUAUCGUUGCGACUGGGCUA